UGAAGGUUCCAAACCAUGGGGAAUUUAUUGCAACUUCAAGGUAAUAAUACCCUGAACCUCAUCCGGAUAAAUCAGGUCAAAUCUUCAAUAUCUGGGCCAGUUCUUAGCCGACGGUACCGUUGUCAGAUCGUGUAAACUCCGCCAGGUCGGCUACCAUACGUCCCCCAUUGAACAGCUCCUCCCUUAUUCUUUCUCUACUUAUAUCCUUGACCUUUUGCGUAGGUCCACCAUGGGAGCUCAAAGUUGCAUUUGUGACCCGGGUAAAAUCAGAGGGGGCAUUUUCGGCCAUUUCCAGGUCGUAAAAAGCGUCUAUCGAAAGCACAUGAUGCAGGUGGUUCCCGUGGUUCCCAGUCACUCUCUUCCGCCUUUUGGAAUCCCAAUCCGGUAGACCAAUACUCUCAGCUCUCUACCGCUACCAGCAUGUUAGCGGUAUCUGACAUCUUCCUCCUCCUCGGCACUGCAACGAUUAUCGUGCUCUGGUUCCGAAAACCAUCCAAACAUGUCUAUCCUCCUGGCCCGAAGCCUCUUCCGGUUCUAGGAAACAUCCGUGACUUUACCAUCAAGGAACCUUGGUUGACUGCGACAGAGUGGGGACGUAAAUACGGCGACAUAUGCUACCUCCAUGUUCUGAAUUGGAAUGUGGUCUUCCUGAACAGUCUUCAGGCCGCCGACGACCUUCUGGAGAAGCGAGGUGCUAUUUAUUCUGACAGACCUACACUGCAGAUGUCUGGCGAAUUGUGCGGUGUCGAGAAAAUCGUGGCGCUAGCAAAAUACGACGACGGUUUCAAGCGCCAAAGACGUUACGUUCUGCAGACGCUUGGACCUCGAAUCAUCCCCACUUACCACUCCAUGAUCGAACACGAAACCGCUCCACUUCUUCGCGCACUCGUCGAUUCGCCCUCCGAAUACCUUGGUCAUGUUCGAAAAUACGCUGGCGGUCUCGCUCUCGCUGUCGUUUAUGGUUUUCGUCCUGUUAGCAAAGAUGAUAGAUUUCUUGCCAUGGCUGAAGAAUGUCUGGAUAUCCUCGCCAACGAGAUCGCCAACGGGAGUGGCAUUUGGCCUGUGGACGUCUUUCCUGCUCUCAAAUACGUGCCCAGCUGGUUCCCUGGUGGUGGUUUCAAGAAGAAGGCCGCGGUUUGGAAAGUAAAGAUGCGCGAAUUCGCUGACGCGCCGUUUGAGCAUGCCAAAGCUUGUGCAGAAGACGGGACUAUCAUGCCUUCGUUCUGCUCGAAAUUGCUUAGUAGUGAAGAAUUGGAUGAAAGGACCGAAGACGAGAUCAAAUGGAGUGCAAAUUCGAUGUUCGCGGCUAGCUCGGACGCAAACGUUGCCUCCGUUUGUCAAUUCUUCCUGGCAAUGUUGCAAUAUCCGGAUAUUAUGAAAAAGGCUCAGGAAGAAAUUGACCGCGUCGUUGGCAGUGAUCGUCUACCACAAUUUAGCGACAGAGAUUCGCUACCGUACGUUGAAGCUCUUCUGUCGGAAGUGUGGCGCUGGGGUGCCCCCACUCCCAUGAAUCUUCCUCAUUACACGACACAGGACGAUGUCUACAACGGAUAUUUCAUCCCUAAAAAUACGAUUGUGGUUGCUAACAUGUGGUUGGUCUUGGCCUUCUUCAACUGUGUCCUUCUCAUUGGGUCUGGUGUGUACUAAGGGCUAUGCUUAAUGACGAGGCUUGGUUCCCUAAUCCACAUGUAUUCGAUCCUGAGCGAUUCCUAAACGUCGACUCUGAAUUGAAGGCAAAACGCGAUCCACGAAACUCUGUGUUUGGCUUCGGUCGGAGACGUUGCCCAGGUGCCGACCUCGUUGAAUCAUCUAUCUGGCUUCUCCUCGUCUCCAUCCUUGCUACUCUGAAUAUCAACAAAGCGGUAGAGAAGCAAGGUAGGGUUAUUGAGCCCGAAAUUAAAUUCAACAAUUCUAUCUUUAGGGUUCCCGAUAAGUUUGUGUUUGAUAUCAAACCCAGAUCAGCCAAGGCCUUAAGUUUGAUUCAUGACGGGACAGAGAAUGUUUGAAGAUAUCUGGAACUGUGUUUGCAUCUUUUUCUGCUUGAGAAAUAGGAAUGUCCAAUUAUGUUGUUACUGCCAACCCUCCCGCUGACUAUGAAUUGUAUAUUGCUUCUAUUAGUGUACGUUUUGGAUAUGAAGUUCAUUCACGGUUGCCCAUAGUGAAUUCUGGACUCCAUUGAUAUGGACGGUACAGUGAACACCGUUUGUGCAAUACGGCGUGACCCAGUGGCAGGCCCAUAGAAAUGGGUUUUGGAAACCCUAACGCCAAUCCGGAUAUUAUCAUUAUGAGAUUUACGUCCUUCGUAGGACCCCGUAGGAUAUGAAAGGGCCC